UUUGAACGCGUGUAUUUGCUUUGCUUGUCCGUCGUAGAGAAAUUCGCCGUCAGAGAUGUACGCAAUCGCUUGUUUUAUUCUCAUCUCUCUGGCACGCAUCACCCAAGGCUUCUCUCCUCGCAUUGUCGGCGGCAAGGACGCUCCCAUUGGCAAGUAUCCACAUUCGGUAGCCCUGAAAUACUACGGCAGAUUUAGCUGCGGAGGGUCAAUUAUUAACGAACGUUACGUACUCACCGCGGCUCAUUGCGUAAAUACUUACGGGGAAGAUUUGAAGGGUCUUACGGUCCACGCCGGAACGAUCUACUUGAACGAGAAGGGUGAUGUUUACAAAGUAAAAAAAGUACUGUGGCAUCCGGAUUACGACAGUUACACGUUCAAUAACGAUAUCGGUCUCGUUAAGGUGAAGAAGGAAAUAGCGUUUAACGACCUGGUGCAGCCCGUUCCGAUCGCGCGGCACGAUUUCGUUCUUGAAGAUCUUCCUUGCGUUCUGUCCGGUUGGGGUAGUACUUCCCUCAAUGGGCGUACACCCAAUGUCUUGCAAGAGAUCGCACUGAAGAUUUAUUCUCUCGAGAAAUGCAAAGACUCGAGCUGGAGAGUGACUGACAAUCACAUUUGCACUUUCACGAGAAAGAACGAGGGAGUGUGUCACGGUGAUUCGGGGAGCGCUUUACUCGCGGACGGCAUUCAGAUCGGAAUUGCAUCCUUCGUGACUCCGUGCGCGGUGGGUGUUCCUGACAAAUUUGUCAAGGUAUCUGCGUAUCAUGACUGGAUCAAGAAGCACGGCUUCCCGAAUUCCCAUAUUGUCGGUGGAGAAGACGCUCCGGUGGGCGCGUAUCCGCAUCAGGUAUCUCUGAGAAGAUACGGAUCUCACUCCUGCGGCGGAUCCAUCAUCUCCGCACGCACCGUCCUCACCGCCGCUCAUUGUAUUGUUUCUUACGCCAACGAUCCCAAUGCUCUGAAAUCCCUGACUAUUCACGCAGGCACGAAUCUGUUGAGUGAAGAGGGAACUGUUUAUACAGCGACCGCGGCCGUCCCUCACGAAGAUUUCGAUGCUACCAGAUUAAUCAACGACAUCGGUGUGCUCAAACUGUCGAGAUCCGUUGAAUUUACCACCACGAUUCAACCUAUUCAACUCGCGACCAACGAUAUCUCCGCGGGAUCUCCUUGCGUUUUAAGCGGAUGGGGAAGAACAUCAUUGGGCGGUUUGGUCCCUGACAAGUUGCAACACAUCAAGUUGAACGUUUACGAUCAACAGAAAUGCCGCGCCUCGCACUGGCAAGUGGAGUCUUCUCACAUCUGCACGUAUACGAGA